AUGGCCUGUGGCGUGAUGAACUCAAAAGAACCGAUGGAUGCCACUAAGAAUAAGCAUAGCCAUUCCCUACCCACUCCGAAGAGCCGCCGUGCCUGGUCCAAACUGGAAAUCACACCCAAUCUUGCUGGUGCACGGGGCAGACCAGGCCCGAUCGGUCUGCGUCAAGCUUUCAAGGGAGCCGAGGAUCGACACCGCCAGAAGGGGGCAUCGAAUGCGCAUGGGCGAUAG